CUUCAGCUUCAGUUUAUGUUUGGGUCGCAAGGAAAACGCAAUUUUGGACGCUGCACUGCGAAGAGCACUUGCCAUCUUGGUCGUAAAACGCACUACUAACCUUCGCGCCUUUCUUCGGCAAACGAUCGAAAAUGUAAAUCAAUCGCAGUGGCGAAUGCAGAAGUUUUGUUUGUAUUAUAAGUUUGUUUUGAGUUUUGCGGGCGUGCGGAACGAUAGGCUCCUAGAAGUGCAGAAGCAGGCUUCAGCAAACGGGGUAGCAAGCAGUGGUGCACACCUCCGGAAAGGAAAAACGGGAAACAAAACAUAUUCAUGCCCGUUCGGGAGUAGUGCGCGGAUGAUAUGACGCAAUAAACAAAUUGUGUCGGUGAAUUGUACGUAUUUUGGAGGACUUUAAGCGCGUGUAGUGUUAAACAAUCGAUAUUCUUCAACCGGUACGCUGCAGAAAAGGCAACUCCCCUACUGUUUCUUCUACGAUUCGUUGUGCAUCGUCGUUUGGUGUAUGUGUGUGUGUGUGCGCGCGUGUGUGUACGUUGCCUUAAGUUGCGAAAAACGUUUCCACCGCUGGUACCAAGAGAACGACGCCUCCCACUGCGAAGAAAAGUAAGAAAAUCAGCGUGAAACGAACAAUAAUUACCACGACGAAAAGGGCAUAAGAUACGGCAAAGGCGAAAGAUCACCGCCUGGCGUGCACGAACCGGCAACUCGGCAACCCCCGAGAAAGGCAUCAAGAGAAAAAAAGGAUUAGGACCCCUGGCAUCAGCAUAAGCCUCGGGGUAACUCGUCGUUGUUAUUUUUCGCAGUUAAUAACGCUAAAGCCAUAAAAAUGGAGAACGGGUCCGACGAUCGAGUGUACGCGGCCGAGAAGAUCAUGAGAAAGCGUGUCCGUUCGGGCAAAGCUGAAUAUCAGGUAAAAUGGAAAGGCUGGAGCCAGCGGCACAACACAUGGGAACCGGAGGAAAAUAUACUCGACCAGCGGUUGAUCGAGAUGUACGAACGGUCUGUACGCGGACCCUCGACACCGAAGCGCAGAAGGAAAGCCGUUAUCGAAGAUUCGGACGACGAUGAGGAACCGUCCAGUACGUCCGGUGGUCCAUCGUCCGAACCCGAUCCGCCGAAGAAGGAAGACCGCAAGGACUCGUCGACCGGUGGUCGGAAGGAACGCGACGAUAAGCAGCAGGGUGGAUCGAAAAAGGAGAAGGAUGCCGGCGCGGGUACGGUUUCCAGUUCGAGCAGCAGUUCCAACGCCCCGGAAAGCUCGAAACGAAACUCUGCCACCGUCAGUUCGAGCGGAAGCAGCCCGUCGACGAAGGAAAAAUCGUCCACACCGACAGCGGCAGCAGUCGCCGCCGCCGAACGCAAUGGCAAUGCUUCGCCGACGGUGGGUGGUGGGGCGGUUCCACCCUCCGGUGGCGGGGGCGGACAACAACCGCUGCCCAGCUUGAAGAUCUCAAUAUCGGGCGAUAGUGCCGAGCUGGGUAACGAAAUGGACACCAACUCCAACUCGAGCGAUGAUCAACCGCUCAGCCACAAGGAUGUCAUCGGCACGAAUCGAAAGGCGGAAGUCCUGUCCAAGGGUGGGAAGGUCGGUGUGACGAUUAAAACAUCAUCUCCCCCGGGUGACGAAUCUGCCCCCGGCAGCCUGCUGAAGGCGAGCCCGCUGUCCGGUACGGCGGGGCCGAUCGCUUCCGGUUCCACCGUAGCGCCGAUCAGUGCCGCGUUUGGCAAUCUCGACCUGAAAGCGGUCGCCCCGCUCUCACCCGAUACACCCGCCUCGCGGCCCGAAUCCAACAUUCCGCCACCGGCCGAAGCGAACGCGCUGCCGGGCGGUGCGGCAGCGAUCGUAGCGGCGGGUGGCUUACCGGCCGGCCGAGAGGAAGCGAACCCGCUGGAAGGGCAGGUCGCCGGGCAGCAGCAGCAACGGCAGCCCCAGCAACAGCAGGACGCAGCGAACGGGGUGAACGCACGGCUCCACAACGACCACGCAUUUCCGCUCACCACCAACGGUAACGGCAACACUAACAACAACAACAACACCAUUAACCACAAUAACAAUAAUAGUAUCAACAAACAUGUCAGCAAUCUAACUCUUUCGCCGCGGGCGGCCCCACCCCGUCUCUGGCUACCGAAGGCGCAAGCGACCAACCAGGUGUUUAUCACGGACGUGACGGUUAACCUGGAGACCGUUACCAUACGCGAGUGCAAGACGGAGGAGGGCUUCUUCAAGAUGCGCGAUAUGCAGCAGCAGCAGCAGCAGGAGCAGGAGCACCAGGAGCAACAACACCAACUUCAGCAACAACAUCAACCACGGGUUGGCAAUCUUCUAAGCAAUUAAGAGCAGGAUAGUAUUUUUUUUUUUUACACGCACCGAUCGUGUCUCUGAUAAGGCACCGGAGCGCGAUAACAUUACACGUAUUUUCCUUGUACCUGUGAAAAUGAGCAGUGCAUUGCGGGCUAUGUUUUGGGGGGCAGUUUUUUUUCUACUAUGUACAACAACGCUCUUUUACCAUACGAAAGGGAAUGUGGCCAAAAAACACGAUCACGAUAUUUGCGACCGUGAUGCUUUAAAAGCCACGGAGACCACGGAAAGUGAGAUUUUGCGCCAAAAGUAUAAUGAACAACAAAAGAUCAGACGACGAUAGGGAGAAGAGAGGUGGGCAAAUGAUGUAAAUACUACGCCUAACGUAAGGUCAGCAAGGAGAAAAGGUACAUUGCGGAGUUGUUGCUCCGAGCUGCGAGUGUGUUUGGUGCGUGUAUAUAAGCGUUUUGCGAGGAAGCUUUUCCGAUGGUCGCGGGGAGCGAUGGGGAUGAGGCUAUGCUAAAUGAAUGUGAACAGCAUUCAGUUCGAUCUAACCAGCGGGCGAUUUUAAAUAUUUUCAAUUGAGGAUAAAGGGCUAUGCCCCAGUCUCCACCAGGAUCUUUCCGUACGCUGCGUGUGUGCGUACACAGAGCAUGAAUCGUUCGAUUAAAAUAGGCAUUCGGUUUUUUUUAUCGUUCAUUAAUUCCGUUCCUACAUAGGCAACACACAACAUCGCUCUCUCUCUCUCUUAAACUAUUUUACGGUUGGACGAAUUGCUUAUUUGCUUUACUGCGAAAGUAUUCCACACCCAUUCGGGGAAGUGUUUUAAACAUAUGUAUGUUAGGAUUGUGUUCGAUUCGUCUCUAAACGGCGCCCUUCGUUAGUGUAUAGGUUAGUAAGACCAAUCUCCCUUCUAUCCAGUGCUGCUGCACGUGCCUGUGCACAUCCUAUCGAGCUUUUCAUUCUCAUUCUUGGUUUAAGCAACGUAGCAUUACGACGUUCCCGGCUGCUGAGAAGCAGCAACACUUUAUUUUGGCUUACUAUGUAAAUCGUGUAUUUUGGCUCAAUAAGCAGCUUGUUUAAAAAAAAAAAAGAUUUAUUUAUUAUUGCUCAGUCAGUCAAAAGAUAACAAGAAAUUAUUUCAAGGUGUGAAAACCUACCUAAGCUGCUUAUUAUUUGCUCCAGAAAAGAGAGGAAGAGAGAGAGAGAGAGAGCGGGGGGACACAGAAAGCUUAUUUUAACCCGUCUAACGAGUUACAGUUUUAUGAAUUGUUCCAUAGCUGCGCUUCUAGUUAUUUAGUUUCGGAAAAGCUUAUCGUUUGUAAUUUGUAUCGAGCUGUUGCCGCGCGCCCAGCACAUCCAAUAACACAGUGCAGGACCAAUGCAAAUGCAUCCACUAACGGUGCGGCAUGAUCGUUUAAUUUAUUUCGGACGAAAUCUCUUUCUAGCAUUUAUUUUCUUCCUUUUCGGUCUAUAUAAAGGGGAUCGUAUUUAGCGUUCUCGUUGCAUUUUUGGAUUAGUGUAGAACCGAUCUUUCCGCCUGCCUAGAGGCGAAAGACCGGGGGACACAAGAGCGCGCAAAAACCGAGCAAUACAACUUUCCAAUCAAUUUAGGUGUGCGAUUUAUACUAAGAGCACCAACAAAAAAAAGGGGAAAAACUAACAACAAACAGCAACAACCUUUACAAUAAGCAAACAGCAAAUUAUGCUGCUAUCUAUAGACUAGAGUGCAUUAAUAUCUUACGUAGUUUGCUAGUGACAAAACAUCUACUACUACUGUUAUCAUAGUCUAAGAAGGAGAGGCGUAUUAAAACGGGCGUAUGAAAACCAAGAA